ACUUCCUACUUUACUACAACACUGGAGGAGACUGGCAGAGGCUGGGUCUCCCUCUACCUCCCUUCCCUGACCUGCCGGCAGCACAGGGAGGUGAGGUAACUUGGCCUGAGUGGUUCCAGCUGGCGGGAUGGAGGACAGUGAAGGUCCUGAGUAUGGCAAACCCGACUUUGUGCUUUUGGACCAAAUGACCAUGGAAGACUUCAUGAGGAACCUGCAGCUCAGGUUCAAGAAGGGCCGCAUUUAUACCUACAUCGGUGAGGUGCUAGUAUCCGUGAACCCCUACCAGGAGCUGCCCCUAUACGGGCCCGAGGCCAUUGCCAAGUACCAGGGCCGUGAGCUCUACGAGCGGCCUCCCCAUCUCUAUGCCGUGGCCAAUGCUGCCUACAAGGCGAUGAAGCGCCGGUCCAGGGACACCUGCAUUGUCAUUUCAGGGGAGAGUGGGGCUGGGAAGACGGAAGCCAGUAAGCACAUCAUGCAGUACAUCGCUGCAGUCACCAACCCGAGCCAGAGGGCAGAGGUGGAGAGGGUCAAAGAUGUACUGCUCAAGUCCACCUGUGUGCUGGAGGCCUUUGGCAAUGCCCGCACCAACCGCAACCACAAUUCCAGCCGCUUUGGAAAGUACAUGGACAUCAACUUUGACUUCAAGGGGGACCCAAUUGGGGGACAUAUCCACAGCUACCUGCUGGAGAAGUCACGGGUCCUCAAGCAGCACGUGGGUGAAAGAAACUUCCACGCCUUCUACCAGUUGCUAAGGGGCAGUGAUGACAAGGAGCUGCAUGAAAUGCAUUUGGAAAGAAACCCUGCCUUGUACAAUUUCACACGCCAAGGAGCUGGACUCAGCAUGGGUGUACACAGUGCCUUGGACAGUGACGAGAGGAGCCACCAGGCAGUAACUGAGGCCAUGAGGGUCAUUGGCUUCAGUUCUGAAGAAGUAGGGUCUGUGUAUCGCAUCUUGGCUGCCAUAUUGCACCUGGGAAACAUUGAGUUUGUUGAGACAGAGGAAGGUGGGAUGCAGAAGGGUGGCCUGGUGGUGGCUCAGGAGGCGCUGGUGGACCAUGUGGCUGAGCUGACAGCCACACCUCGGGACCUUGUGCUCCGCACCCUGCUGGCUCGCACUGUGGCCUCUGGAGGCAGGGAGGUCAUAGAGAAGGGCCACACUGCAGCUGAGGCCAGCUAUGCCCGGGACGCCUGUGCUAAGGCUGUGUACCAGCGGCUGUUUGAGUGGGUAGUGGAUAAGAUCAACAGCAUCAUGGAAGCCCGAGACCGGGACCCUCGGCGUGAUGGCAAGGACACAGUCAUUGGCGUGCUGGAUAUCUACGGUUUUGAGGUGUUCCCUGUUAACAGCUUUGAGCAGUUCUGCAUCAACUACUGCAACGAAAAGCUGCAACAGCUCUUCAUCCAGCUCAUUCUGAAGCAGGAGCAGGAAGAGUACGAGCGCGAGGGCAUCACCUGGCAGAGUGUUGAAUACUUCAAUAAUGCCACCAUCGUGGAUCUUGUGGAGCGGCCCCACCGGGGCAUCCUGGCUGUGCUGGACGAGGCCUGUAGUGCUGCGGGCACCAUUACUGACCGCAUCUUCCUGCAGUCCCUGGAUGCAUACCACCGCCACCACCCACACUACACCAGCCGCCAGCUCUGCCCCACAGACAAGACCAUGGAAUUUGGCCGAGACUUCCGGAUCAAGCACUAUGCAGGGGACGUCACGUACUCCGUGGAGGGCUUCAUUGACAAGAACAGAGACUUCCUCUUCCAGGACUUCAAGAGGUUGCUGUACAACAGCAUGGACCCCACCCUGCGGGCAAUGUGGCCGGAGGGGCAGCAGGACAUCACAGAGGUCACCAAGCGCCCCCUGACGGCUGGCACACUCUUCAAGAACUCCAUGGUGGCUCUGGUGGAAAACCUCGCCUCCAAGGAACCCUUCUACGUCCGCUGUAUUAAACCCAAUGAGGACAAGGUGGCAGGGAGGCUGGAUGAGGACCACUGUCGCCAUCAGGUUGCAUAUCUGGGCCUGUUGGAGAAUGUGAGGGUUCGCAGGGCUGGCUUUGCUUCCCGCCAACCAUAUUCUCGGUUCCUGCUCAGGUACAAGAUGACCUGUGAGUACACAUGGCCCAACCACCUGCUGGGCUCCGACAAGGCAGCUGUGAGUGCUCUCCUGGAGCAGCACGGGCUGCAGGGGGACGUGGCCUUUGGCCAUAGCAAACUGUUCAUCCGCUCACCCCGGACGUUGGUCACACUGGAGCAGAGCAGAGCCCGUCUCAUCCCCAUCAUCGUGCUGCUUUUGCAGAAGGCUUGGCGGGGCACCUUGGCAAGGUGGCACUGCAGGCGGCUAAGAGCUGUGUAUACCAUCAUGCGUGGGUUCCGGAGGUACAAGGUGCGUGCUCACCUGGCUGAGCUGCAGCGGAGAUUCCAGGCUGCACGGCAGCCCCCACUCUAUGGCCGUGACCUUGUGUGGCCACCACCACCUACUGUGCUACAGCCUUUCCAGGACACCUGCCAAGCACUCUUCUGCAGGUGGCGGGCCCGGCAGCUGGUGAAGAAUAUUCCUCCUUCAGACAUGGCCCAGAUUAAGGCCAAGGUGGCUGCCAUGGGGGCCCUACAGGGGCUGCGACAGGACUGGGGCUGUCGGCGGGCCUGGAACCGAGACUACUUGUCUUCUGCCACAGACAAUCCUACAGCAUCGAGUCUGUUUGCUCAGCAACUAAAGAAGCUUCGGGAGAAGGAUGGCUUUGGGACUGUGCUCUUUUCCAGCCACGUCCGCAAGGUGAACCGCUUCCACAAGCGGCGGGACCGGGCCCUCCUGCUCACAGAUCGGCACCUCUACAAGCUGGAGCCCAGCCGGCAAUACCGGGUGAUGCGGGCUGUGCCCCUCGACAGGGUGACGGGGCUGAGUGUGACCAGCGGGCGGGACCAGCUGGUCGUGCUGCAUGCCCGGGGCCAGGACGACCUGGUGGUGUGCCUACACCGCUCCCAGCCACCGCUGGACAACCGCAUUGGGGAGCUGGUGGGCGUGCUGUCUGCGCACUGCCAAGGGGAGGGCCGCGCCCUGGAGGUCCGCGUCUCCGAUUGCAUCCCCCUCAGCCAGCGCGGGGCCCGGCGCCUGGUCUCGGUGGAGCCCAGGCCGGAGCAGCCAGAGCCUGACUUCUGCUGCGUCCGUGGCACCUUCACCCUCUUGUGGCCAAGCCACUGAGCCAGCCUCGCUCCAAGUCCUCGCACCUGGCUGGGCUGCCCAGAAGGCAGCGGCCUGGUCAUCCGCUCUGAACGGGCACAAUAAAGAUGCUGAGUCUGCA